AUGCCGUCGCCUUCACUCAACACAGGUGUGCUUACACUUACUACAGAGGCCCCUCGCAAGGAUAAUCCGAUCGCUUCUUGGGGUCUGUAUGCUGUGCAUCACACCGACUUCCAGACUGUCACGCUUGAGGUUCCCCAGGUGGACGAUGGCCAUCCGCUUCUGGAAUACUGCAACACUGGCGCAAAAUCGGUGGCCUAUGAGUUAUCUCUUUCCGACGGUCAAGCCCAAGUUCAACCUUCUGGCAUGCCACAAUGGGCUAGGUGGUGGCUGGACUGCGUUCGGUCCUCCACAAAAAGAGUUGAUGGUGACCGUACAACUCUUUGCCUAUUUCUGCCAACACGGGCAGGCUACCUUGCAAGGAAUGACAUACUUCAACUGCGAACAGCUGGUUGGGACAAGGUAAUCCAGGUUUUCUGUCGCGAUCAGCCCGAAACAGCCAUCAAGUCCAUCUCAACGACUGAUAGUCGCGAGUGGCUGCAGCGUUCGUUUGCCUCCGCGAUCGGCGGCAUCCAGCUCAAGGUGAGCCACGACCUGGUCAAGGAAGGUGGUGUUUUGAACCAGCUAUCCCACAGACUCGCGGGGCCCCUAGUUCUCGAUUGCGAGGCGGUUCCAAGGCGCAUUGCCUUGGUAAACGGCGGCUACAAUCUUGCAUUGAGGGAGCGCCUGUUUCGCGCAGCAGCCGGAUUGAGAAUGACCCUAGUUAUCAUUGAUCAACCUGGCCACUGGCUCCAGCGCCGCCGCGAAGCCCUGGGCGUGCCUAUUGAGUUCCUCCCUGUGGAUAUGACUAUUGACAGCGAGCUGCCGGAGAGGAUUCUGGCUGCGCUUCAAGCCGACAAAAUCCCGAUAGAUGGAAUCACCUCUCUCGCAGACCGUUACCUGGAGGCCACUGCCAGGGUUGCGGAGCGACUCGCUCUUCCGACACAAUCUUCCAAGACAAUUGCCACGACUGUAAACAAAGAGCUGCUACGGGCAUUCUCACCUCUCCCCCAGAUAGGGCAGUCGAUUGACCAGAGCCCUCCGACCAUCGUUAAGCCCUCUAGUGGGAGCGGGUCAUUCGGCAUCUUCUUGUGUCGAGACGGAGAAGAGCGCAUUGCUGCUGAACGGAGACUCAGGGCUUUGGGAAAGGAGCCUCUAGCUGAGAUCUAUAUAGAAGGGCCCGAGGUGGACGUGAACGUUGUUCUUCACAAUGGGCGGGUACUUCUUACCGAGAUCUCUGAUAACCUCCCCACCACAGCAGAGGGCUUUCCCUCCAAGUUCAGCGAAAAGUCCUGGGUUGAGACCGGGAGCAUGUUCCCAAGCAACCUCUCCAGCAACGAACUGGCCUUGCUAACUGACAAUGUGACUUCCCUUCUGCUCCGACUCGGGUUCCAUACAGGCGUUUUUCACUGUGAGGCCCGAGUGCAGCAUAGUGCUUCCACUUACAGGACCACCAAGUCGGCAUUCCCACGAUUGACAACCGCCAGCAGACCCUGUUCCACGCCACCGCCUGAGGUCACGGUUAUUGAAGUAAACUGUCGGGCUCCGGGCGCGAAGGCCGCUGAAGGAAGCAUGUACUCGACGGGCGUUGACUAUUAUGCACUUCAACUGUUAUCAGCAUGUAACGACAACGAUCGGUUCUGCGCACUGGCGACGCCAUUCUCCGACCAGUUGGGCUGGUGGGGCAGUGGCUAUAUACCCGCCGAAAGGGGCGGCAAGGUCACCAUGGAAGUCACGUUCGAGGAUCUUGAGAGAUCUUCUGCUGAGUUGAUGGCCAACGUUGUUCGCUGGACGUUGUUCUAUCAAGACGGGGAUCGUAUCGAGGACCCUUGCCUCACCGGGAAAACCCACUGGUUAGCAUGGUUUCUUGUUCACUCUGACGUGAGUCGGUGCCACCUUGAGAACAUAUUAGAGCAGGUUAGGAAAGCCCUUCGGUUUGACAUAGCUUGA